GGAUCAAUUGGAACUUUUUUUCGAUAAAGCAUCCCGUCCGUUUUACCUGCCAUUAUUCAACGUACAACGUCUGACCUGGGCAGUCAGUCCGUCGUGAAAAACUUCGAUCAACCAAAACUAUCACAGCUAUCUACCACUUCUACUUUCGCGUCGAAACUUUCGAUUGAAAAGCACAAAUCAAUCUUCAACCCGGGUCAAUCGCACCCACAACCGCAUCCACAAUGGCCCCGCCAACCACCACCACGGCGACGGCCUCGAAGCCCAAACUCGACGUCUCCGUCACCAAGCCCACGCCAUACACCUUCGACCUCGGCCUCCUCCUCGCCAACGACCCAAACCCACUCAGCACCUCCGCACCCUCCGAAUCCAGCACCAGCCCCAACACCAGCGCCCUCGAAGCCCAGCUCGCAGCCACAGCGCGCGACGGCGCCCAGGCGCUCAUAAACCAGCUCCUGACCACUCUCCCCGUAAGCACCACGACCUCCGGCGUAAUCCUCUCCCUGCCCGCCCCCAGCACGCCUCUUCCGCGCGAGAAGCCGCUGCCGGCGCCCAAGGAGCCGACGAAGUGGGAGCAGUUCGCGGCGCGCAAGGGCAUCAAGCCGAAGACGCGGGAGCAGCGGCGCGCCAAGGCCAGCCAGUACAACGAGGCGACGGGCGAGUGGGAGCGCACGUGGGGCUACGACAAGGGCGGCGCCAAGAAGCGCCGCGAGGAAGGGGCCGUGCAGCAGGACUGGCUCGUCGAGGUCGACGAGAAGAAGGAGCGCGAGGAGCGGGAGGCUAAGGAGAAGAAGCGCAGAAAGAAGGCUUAGGUUUCUUUUCUUCGGGAAAACGGAUUAGGGGGGAGGGCGUGACAUGGCACGAGAAGGAAAUGGGGGAAGUGGGAGAAUAAGCAUGGAGGAAGCUUGAGCUUGACUAGGGAUAUUACGAUGUUGCGAUACCCACGAAUUACAAAUCACAAUGCAGAGAGGCAGGAGUUCGGGCGUUCAUGGUACGUGAAGACGGG